AUGCUGUGGGGACAGGAAAAUAUAGAGACAGAGGAUGAUGUUGAGGAGGACCCUGAUUAUGAGGCCUCCUCCUCUGAUGAGAAUGAGACCCUCAAGUGUGGAAACAGUUUUGCUGAAUUUAGUACCCUUCUAAAACACCAGCGUAUUCACACAGGAGAGAAACCGUAUAACUGCACUGAGUGUGGAAAGAGUUUUAUUCAAAGUAGUGACCUUAAAGUACACCAGCGUGUUCACACUGGAGAGAAGCCGUAUCACUGCUCAGAGUGUGGAAAGAGUUUUGCUAAACAGAGUGUUCUCAAAUUACACCAGCGCAUUCACACUGGAGAGAAACCGUAUCAGUGCUCACAAUGUGGAAAGAGUUUUAAUGGACAGAGUCAUCUCAAAAUACACCAGCGCAUUCACACUGGAGAGAAAGUGUAUCAGUGCUCACAGUGUGGAAAGAGUUUUAAUGGACAGAGCCAUCUCAAAAUACACCAGCGCAUUCACACUGGAGAGAAACCGUAUCAGUGCUCACAGUGUGAAAAGAGUUUUAAUGGACAGAGUGAUCUGAAAAGACACCAGCACAUUCACACUGGAGAGAAACUAUAUCAGUGCUCACAGUGUGGAAAGAGUUUUAAUAGACAGAGUGCUUUUAAAACACACAAGCGCAUUCACACUGGAGAGAAACCGUAUCAGUGCUCACAGUGUGGAAAGAGUUUUAAUGGACAGAGUGAUCUGAAAAGACACCAGAACAUUCACACUGGAGAGAAACCAUAUCACUGCUCACAGUGUGGAAAGAGUUUUAAUGGACAGAGUGAUCUAAAAAUACACCAGCGCAUUCACACUGGGGAAAAACCGUAUCAGUGCUCACAGUGUGGACAGAGUUUUAAUGUACAGAGUAAUCUCAAAAAACACCAGCGCAUUCACACUGGAGAGAAACUGUAUCAGUGCUCACAGUGUGGAAAGAGUUUUAAUGUACAGAGUAAUCUCAAAAUACACCAGCGCAUUCACACUGGAGAGAAACCAUAUCAGUGCUCACAGUGUGGAAAGAGUUUUAAUGGACAGAGUAAUCUCAAAACACACCAGCACAUUCACACUGGAGAGAAACCAUAUCAGUGCUCACUGUGUGGGAAGAGUUUUAAUGGACAGAGUAAUCUCAAAAAACACCAGCGCAUUCACACUGGCGAGAAACCAUAUCAGUGCUCACAGUGUGGGAAGAGUUUUAAUGGACAGAGUAAUCUAAAAAAACACCAGCGCAUUCACACUGGAGAGAAACCACAUCAUUGCUCACAGUGUGGGAAGAGUUUUAAUAUACAGAGUGCUCUCAAAACCCACCAGCGCAUUCACACUGGAGAGAAACCGUAUCAGUGCUCACAGUGUGGAAAGAGUUUUAAUAGACAGAGUCAUCUCAAAAUACACCAGCGCAUUCACACUGCAGAGAAACCAUAUCAGUGCUCACAGUGUGGAAAGAGUUUUAAUGGACAGAGUGAUCUGAAAAUACACCAGCGCAUUCACACUGGAGAGAAACCA